GGGGGCGGCCCCGCCGCCCGGGACACCGGAGGAAAAUGAGCCUGAAGUCGGAGCGCAGGGGGAUCCACGUGGAUCAGUCGGAGCUGCUGUGCAAGAAGGGCUGUGGUUACUAUGGCAAUCCUGCCUGGCAGGGCUUCUGCUCCAAGUGCUGGAGGGAGGAGUACCACAAGGCCAGGCAGAAGCAGAUUCAAGAGGACUGGGAGCUGGCAGAGCGGCUCCAGCGUGAGGAGGAAGAAGCCUAUGCCAGCAGCCAGAGCACCCAAGGGGCACAGUCCCUGACCUUUUCAAAGUUUGAGGAGAAGAAAACCAAUGAAAAAACAAGAAAGGUCACUACUGUGAAGAAGUUCUUCACUGCUUCCUCCAGAGCAGGAGCUAAGAAGGCAGCUCAAGAGAAAACCCCUAAGCAAGGACAGCUUGGGAGGGAGAGAAAUGCUGAUAACAUUCUCAGGGAUUUGAAGGAGAUUUUUACUCCCUCCUGGGAACUGGCUUCCCCUUCUGAAGCGUUGGCUGGCAAGCUGAAAGAGAUCCAGGAGGCCAAAGCUCCCAGCCCUGCCAUCCACAGGCAGGCCAGCAUCGAGACAGACAGAGUGUCCAAGGAGUUCAUAGAAUUCAUCAGGACUUACCAGAAGCCUGGCCAGGAUAUCUACAAGCAAUGCAAACUCUUUUUGGACACCAUGAGUCAUAAAAGGGAUUUAAGCAUUGAGGAACAAUCUGAGUGUGCCCAGGACUUCUACCAAAAUGUAGCAGACAGGCUGCAGACUCGGUGGAAAGUGCCCCCUGAAAAAGUGGAGAAGGCAAUGGAUGAGGUUGAGAAAUACAUCAUGACUCGACAGUAUAAAUAUGUUUUUUGCCCUGAGACAACUGAUGAUGAGAAGAAAGACCUUGCUGUCCAAAAAAGGAUCAGGGCUUUGCACUGGGUGACUCCCCAGAUGCUGUGUGUUCCUGUCAGUGAGGAAAUCCCAGAAGUCUCUGACAUGGUUGUAAAGGCAAUUACAGAUAUCAUUGAGAUGGACUCCAAGCGUGUCCCUCGGGAUAAACUGGCCUGCAUCACCAAAUGCAGCAAGCACAUCUUCAAUGCCAUCAAAAUCACCAAAAAUGAGCCAGCCUCUGCUGAUGACUUCCUGCCCACCCUGAUUUACAUCGUGCUCAAGGGGAACCCCCCACGCCUGCAGUCCAACAUCCAGUACAUCACUCGCUUCUGCAACCCCAGCAGGCUGAUGACUGGGGAGGAUGGAUAUUAUUUCACCAACCUGUGCUGUGCUGUGGCCUUCAUUGAAAAACUGGAUGCUCAGUCUUUAAAUCUGAGCCAGGAAGAUUUUGAUCGUUUCAUGACUGGCCAGACCUCCCCAAAAAAGCAGGAAUCUGACAGUUUCUCCCCUGAUGUGUGCCUGGGGGUGAAGCAAAUGUGCAAAAGCUUAGACCUCCUCUCUCAGUUGAAUGAGAGACAGGAAAGAAUUGUCAGUGAAGCCAAGAAGUUGGAGAAGGACCUGAUUGAUUGGACUGAUGGCAUCACCAAGGAGGUGGAAGAUAUUGUGGAGAAAUAUCCCUUAGAGAUCAAACCAAAAAGUCAAGCCUUGGCAGCCAUUGACUCUGAAAAUGUGGAGAAUGACAAGCUGCCCCCACCACUGCAGCCUCAGGUUUAUGCAGGAUAAUUAUCUUCAGCUAAUUGGGAAGGGAAGGAAAUUUAAAGCUUAAAAAAAAAAAAAGAGCUUAAAUCAGUACAUUUUUAAAGGUACUUUUGGGG